AUGAGCUCCUUCUUCAAAAGACCAGAGUGGGCAACGAAGAACGUAGAAGAGGCGGGAACUGAAUUCUAUCGACGCUCAAAAAACACAUAUUCUGACAUCGUCGCUGCAACCCGAGAAGCACAUCGAAAGCCGAAAGCUUCAACGCCCCCCAAAGAUCCAAAGCCCAAAGAUCCAGAACUGUCAGAAGACGCGAAUCCAAAGAAACGGCCUCGGUUAUCCGAUGAGACCAAGAAGGAGCAUGAAGAUAGUGAUAAGGCUCAGGAUAGAGAUCUCGAGACAGAUGGCGACAAAAGUGUGCUAGCAAAGCCACAAGAGGCCCCAAGCUCAGCGCGUGAUUUUUCACCCGCGCCAGUCAAUCAAUAUCAGGCCAGCCCACAACACGGCCCAGAAAAGCAACUGUACACGUUACCACCAAAACCCAAAUCCCCGGUGAAACAAAUUUCCUUGCCUGUCAAAUCACCGAUUGUCCUGGUGGAUGAACCGAAAACCCAAAGCCCUCAAUCUCUUCCGGCACCGACAGUCCAGGCGGUUAAACCGGUAAUACGGAGUCCCCAACCUGUCAAACCGACUCCUCCUCCCGCGAAUGACCCUGUUGUUCAGAUCAUAAUCUCCUCCGACAUUUCAAACACGAAACCAUUACUCGUCCAGCGGAAAAUGUCACAAAGUCUCGGAGACGUGCGGAUAGCAUGGUGCAAUCGGCAGAAUUUUUCACCAGAAAUUCAAUCAUCAGUCUAUCUGACCUGGAAGGGCCGACGUUUAUUCGACGUGACAACGUGCAGAAGUCUAGGGGCGCAGGCUGUGAAAGGCUCGUCGUCCAUUAUCGACCUCGAGGAUGACAGCCAGGACAGCCAGGACGAGCUGCGUAUACAUAUAGAAGCGGUUACGGAUGCACCCCCUUCCGAAUCGGCAAAUCACUUCGCCCGAUAA